CGCCGCGCUGCCAGCCGCAGCCAGGGGCACGCGUCUGGCGAGCCGGGGCCCGCGCGCCUGGACCACCCAGGGAUGCCGGAUGCUGCGCUCCCGCCGCCCGGAGAGGCUGAACAAAGCUCGCUCUCUACUGCGCUUCUGCUCGCCAGCGUCUUGCCUCCCCAAACGCGUUUCCACUUGAUGUCAUCACGCAGAAGGGGGUGAAAGGGACUCGUGACAGACCCAGAAAUGAGCAUAUCUGUCGAGGCUAAAUGCUCGUGAAUUUGGCGACCCGCUGGUGACAUUUGGGAAAGACAGACAGACUGCUAUAUUCUGAGAACAAGCCUCCCCUGUUCUUCUCGUCCCUGCCCUUCGCUCUCGGUCCACGAUGGAGACACUGUCCCAGGAUUCCCCGUUGGAGUGUCAGAUCUGUUUCAAUUAUUAUAGCCCCCGGCGGAGGCCGAAGUUGCUGGAUUGCAAACACACCUGCUGCUCUGUGUGCCUCCAGCAGAUGAGGACAAGCCAGAAGGACGUGAGGUGCCCCUGGUGCCGUGGCAUCACCAAGCUGCCCCCGGGCUUCUCUGUGUCACAGCUGCCUGAUGACCCUGAGGUCCUGGCUGUCAUUGCUAUUCCGCACACAUCCGAGCACACCCCAGUCUUCAUCAAACUUCCCAGCAAUGGGUGCUACAUGCUGCCCCUGCCCAUGACCAAGGAGCGCACGCUGCUGCCAGGAGACAUGGGCUGCCGCCUGCUGCCCGGGAACCAGCAGAAGUCUGUCACAGUGGUGACCAUCCCAGCUGAACAGCAGCCUCUGCAGGGCGGGGGUCCCCAGGAGGCUGUGGAGGAGGAGCCAGACAGACGGGGUGUGGUGAAAAGCUCUACCUGGUCCGGAGUAUGCACUGUUAUCUUGGUAGCCUGUGUCUUGGUCUUCCUCCUGGGCAUCGUCCUCCACAACAUGUCCUGCAUUUCUAAGCGCUUCACUGUGAUAUCCUGUGGUUGAAGUCCCGUGCAGGGAAGGCUUUUGUGGGUGCCUAUUUAGGGGGGUGAGCAGGUGCUGGUGAUGGGAUCCCAGUGAGGAGAUGCAUGUGUGUGUGUGUGGGGGGGGACACACUGACCAUUUGGUGCCAAGCAUUGACCUCUCUGGUUUUGUCACUUGAUCCCCCGCCACACCAGCCAGAAGACAAGGGUGGAGGGUGAGAUCUCAACAAGAUACGAGGUGGAUUGUUUUGAGAGUUGGUGGCUUUGAAGAUGCAUGUUUCCUCAUUAUCACGUACUCAACAAUGGGCUGUAAUUUAUGAUUUUCCAAGAUCCUGUCCCGAGAUAGACAUAAUCUCCUUAGAUGUGACUGUGCACGUGGGUACAUUGUAAUAUCUAACUGUGGUAGGUGGUAGGUGCAAACCGAGACUCUGUGUGCAAGUAGGACCAAACCUCAGAUCUCUGUACAAAUGCAGUGAAGACGCACUGUGCUGCUCCCUUGCUUUCUCGUUUGUUUUCAGUGAAACUCAGUCCUCAUUUAUUUGCUAAGACUUUUCAUAUGUUGAAUGUCACAGAAAUCAAAAUAAGUGAAACAGACUGUUGAGAAUUUUUUUUGAAGAAAAUAUCUAAACAAGUGUCUCCAAAGUGCUGUGUUUUGUCAGGCACCUUCAUUUCCCUUCACUUGUAAUUAGAGCUCGCUACAUGUUUAUGGAGCUGAAAGCCCAAUAGGGGAGCGAUACGCCAAGAAAUAACAAGAAAUGCCUAAUCCCACAGGAAACCUGUAUGCCAAUUUUUUCUCAAGCCAUCUCACAGAAUAAGAAUUUACAAAUGUAAAUACUGUGUAUUUGUGUGUGUGUGUGUGUGUGUGUGUGUGUGUGUGACUUGAUUUACCUCAGGUGUUUGAGUCCUUCCAGAAGGAUCCCUGGAGAAGAAAGACUUUGUGAGCAUGAACAAGUUUAGCACUUGAAACACUGGGUGUCUUGUCGCCACCUGGACUUCCCUCGUGGGGCGUCUCCCACACGUCACCCCAGCGUUCACUUGAUCCUCCUCUGUGUGCUUAACCUGUAUAUACGUAAGGCACAGAGUGCCAGAACAGCUUGUGCCCCCCCCCCCACCGCCCUGCAGUUUGGGGUUUCGUGAAAGCCACCAGUGUUGUUUACCAAGUAUACACCCAGUUGGGCAUUUUAAUAGACAGCCCGUGAUUAUGUUUUGAAAGAAUUGUUCCAUGGACAUUCAGACUUGUUGGUAAAAACAAGGAAAUGUUUUUUUUUUUUUGUAUGUCAAAAUAUGUUUUUGUUGUGAAAAGUGACAAGGUCAAUUAACAAGCUCCCAUUCCCAGUGUAAGUGGGCCAGUUCCUCUGGAAUGCUGGGCUGUUUUUAAGAGUGUCGUGGUGUGUGUAGGCUCAUGAAGAAAGAUUUGCUAGACUGGGUCGAUGCGCUUCUCUCCCGGGGUGCACUGCUCAGAAGGAGUUUGACAGCUCUUUUAUUCCUGCUGGGGGACCCAGGAAGCAAGUGCUGUGUGUCAGGGACUCUUCUUCAAGAUGUAUUUUUGCGUUCCCUCAAAUCCCUGAAAACGGUGGGAAGGAUGGGAGAAACAUGUCACUGGUGAGCAGUGUUGGGUUCUAAAUAUCAAGGCUAUAAAAUGUAAAAUGGGGACAUUUUAUUAAAUCUAUUACGUGAGGUAUUACCUUCAAGCAGCACAAAAUAUGCAGAAGUGAGGUGACAGAGUGAGUGUGAAAACAAAGUAACAACCAGAAUGCAAAGCUAACCCUUAAUUGGCUUCAGAAUUCAAUGUAAAAUUAUGAACUCUGGCUUUUCAAAACUUUCAGAUUUGUUAUGCCUUUAGAAAAUGUGUUUGAGGGCUCAUACUAGAAAUUAGAUUAAAAUGCCAUUUUCCUGUGUAAGCUAUUGGGCAUUGUACAACAAAUAAUCUAGGAUUUAUUUGGAAUUAAUAAUUUCAGUAUUAUAUUAGGCAAAUACUAUAACCUCUAUUAUGUAACGUAAUAUACUGUUGGAUUCAUGUCAGUUUCUCAACUCCUAGGCUGCUGUCAAGCAUGCCUGACCCAAUUUCUCUUAGAGGGGGAACCACCCAGAAAUGUUGCAGUAGAAACGCUGCAUUUCAAAUGGACUUUACCCUCGUGAUUUUACACCAGGCCACAUUUAAAUUAAUUUUGUCAGAGAUAUCUGCAUUCCUUUCUGUAUAGUGUGAAAUGACUGAUCCUGUAGUGUAACCAUAUGUGGUAGAGUCUAUUCCUCAGUAGGUUAUAUAUAGACACUAUUAUAUGUGAUGAUUCUAUGUUUCUUAGCACCAAGCUGUAGGGUUAAAAAAAAAAAUAAAAGUCGACCAAAACUUUUACCUACAAACACUCCUCUGUCAGAACUGCAGUGACGCAGUAGAAAUCAGUCAGCUCUCUGGUAGGUUCUUGAUCUUAUAACGUAACAAUAUGAACUCAAACCAGAAUUUGCGUGUGUGUGUGUGUUUGCUGUAAGAUAUAUUAGUUAAAACUGCUUCAAUGGACUCUACCUAAAGUCUGCCUGUUCGCUUGUUAGGAUGUGCAUUCUGAGAGAGAGUGGGGGGGGGGAUAUAUCAGCGUGCCGGAUAGAAUUCAUGCAGGUCUAACGAUGUUAUCACUUUAUUUUACACCCCGUUGCUCUGGCUCGUCCACCGUCCCCACAACACUAACGACCUAUGUACUUCUUGUGACCCGAGCAGCUAGAGCUGACAGUGGCAUCUCAGGACGAGUGGCAAGCACAGAAGUUAGAACUGAAAGCAGUGCCCCCUCCCACGCGGUGCCUCGUUUUGCAGACGAAGGCAUAAGGCCCGGGGGGUGGGGGGUGUAGCUCCUCACUCGGCCUUAAGCCCCGUGCGCUGCUGGGUCCUGUCUUUCCCUCCCAGCGCUGACCUGUUCCCUGUCCACAUGUGACCGUAGCUCCAUCAGCGGUCGGUUCGAGGGUGACUUUGUAGGUUCACUUCAUUUUAGCCAGCUUCCUCUCUGGGGACUGAAAGGAACAUUGAUUAUGAAUGAGUAUGGACGUUGAAAGAAAGCCAUGCGAUUUGAAUUUUUAAAACUGUAAAAUACUGGUCAGGACCCCUUCCCCGCCCCACACGUAAAGGUCCGUGAGUGUUGUGUAAAUAGUAACCCUAUAUGCAGCAUGAAUUUCCUUCCUUAUUAAUGAUCUUGACCUGAGCAAAGGGAAUGCUUACUUUGUUAGGUAGAGACAAGUAUGCCACACUCAAAAACAUUGUCUUUGCAAAAUUUUUGUACAUUGACCUGGGGCAUAAGUUGUGAGGAAAAGUCAAGUUGGUUCUGAGCUCGGGCCAUGCUCUAUGGUCUGGAUGCUCUGUGGUAUUUUCUUUAAAAAUAUAAUUAAGUUUAAUGUUGUGCAGGACCUACAGAGUGGGUCCCCUGGAGUUUCAGCUGCACACUGGUACAGCCCUGGGAAUUUUCUAGAUCAGAGCCAUUGAUAGAACUUUAUGGAAUGAUGGAAAUGUUCUACAUCCUGUGUGGUCCAGGAGCGUAGUCACAGCCACACUGGCUGUUAGGUGCUUAAAUGUGGGUUACAAAAGAAUCAGCUUUUAAACUUUAUUUAAUUUUAAGUUACUUAAAUAGCCCCAUAUGGCUGUGGCUACCACAUUGGCUGAGGUCAUCAAGAGAUUUAUAAAAUUUAUUGUGAGGGCAAGAGAAAGUUUGGGGGUUAGUAACAUUUAUUAGGAAAAAAAAAAAAAAGGAAAGAAAUUCCUUUCUGGGCUUUGGAAAGUACGCAGUGUCCAAUGCAACAGUAAAAAUUUAGUAAUUGUCAUUUGGUGUUUAUUUCUAAGACAUUUGGGACCAAGGAAUGGCCAGUGAAGCUUGAAGAGUGCUUUAAUAAGCCCCUUUUCUGGGACCACUAGCUGCAUGUGAAUCUAUUGUCCAAAAUUUGUAGUUAGGCAGUAUCUGUAAAAAUGUUUGACUUGCAAGCUAUGCAUGACUUGUGCUGUGAAAUUGUGUUUAGGGUCUUGUGGCCAAAAAAAAGUAAAUGUUACAGAAAAAAUAAACAAACAAAUAAACAGAAGCCUGAUGAAAUCCCCGUUCACUUCUGAUGUCUUACCCAAACUCCAUCCGCUGCGUUGGGAAGGCGUAAAAUCUAAGAGCAAGCACGUUUACCGUGUUCAGAGCAUUUUUCUUUGCCCUUGAAGUCAGCCAGCUUCUCAUUGUACUUGCUGUGGGCAUAUGGGCAUAUGUGAAUAUCAUUUGCUUCAGAUGCCAGGCUAAGAUGUGGUAUUAUUUUUUAGAGUGAGAUUGACAUUGUUUUAUUCUUUUUCCUUUUUAAAUUCGAGUUACCAUGAAAAGACUUGAAGAUUUAAAGCCUUGCACGAAGGCACUUUUUACAUGCUUUUAAUGGUUUAAGAAAAACAUUGCCCAACAAAAUGUAAAGAGUGGAAGGUUCUUAAAGCUACUCAAAAUGUUUUUUAAGUAAGGGAAGCAGAAAGUUCAGUUUGGGGUAUAUUUUCAUAUAAAGAUCAGCCAGUUUCUUACUGGUAGCCUGGCAUUUAUUCUAGUCUAGAUUUUUGAUUUAAAGAGUUUUCACUCCUUUGUCUGAAAAACAAAAGAAAACAAAAUUAUGCUGUGUCAAAAUUGCUUAGUUUGCUUUUUCAUUGCUUCCCAAAUGUAAUGUAAAUCAAACUUAUUUAUAUUAAUGCAGCAGAAUCAUGUUGGGAUUUUUAAUGCUAAGACUGCUCAACAGGGAAGGCUGUUCUCAUGAGCUUUUCUUCACAUUUUUAAAUCUUUGUGUCUGCCAGAUGAUUUUAUUUUUUAGAUGUAAGAAAGUUAGAAGGGUAAAGGUUAUUAUUGGUGGGGCAUGGUUAACCUGCAAAAGAUUCGAGUUUCACUCUUUCAUUAGAAACAUGAUGCCACCAACUGCGGAGGCAUCUGUUUCCACACCGGAAGGGUUGGUCCAUUUGGAUUCUCGACCUAGAUGAAGGUAUUCUGUUAUUCUCAAUAACACGUCACCCACAAGGCAAUCUGCACGAGAACAGACGCUCCAAGAAGAAUGAGCUAGUCAAUGAGCUAGUCAGGUAAUUCUGUCAUGAUGUCUAUUUCAAGCUGACACACUUCUAAAGAUUAAGUGGAAAUUCAAGCCAUUGAUUUAUUUUUUUCCUGACACAGUUGAUUUACUAAGUGUAUAUACACACAGAAUUUAGCAAUGUAUUUGGAGUUAAAAAAUAAAGUAGCAGAUGUUGUUAGUCUUUCCUAUUUGUGGACUACAAAAUGUUGAAUUUGGGUGUCAAUUGUUGAACAGUUGCUAUGAACUCCAUAUGUUAUAAUGUCCAACCAACUUCAGUGGUGUGUGUAUGUUUAAACGCUUCAGACUCCUCCAAUGUGUGAAGAGGUGGGUUUUACUGUGUACAUGUUGUUGGAACGUUUGCGUCACCGAGGUACCUUGCAGGGUGGGGCUACCUAUUUAUUAAUUCUCUGUCUUUGAAAUAGCUUAGUUGUUGUCUCUGCUGAAGGUGUCAAGAGGGUGGAGCCUGAUUCCCGAACUCCUGUAGGGCGGCUUCCAUCUUUGCACGAGUCUCCAUACACACUGUGACCAGUGGUCUUUUGAUUUCUUUGUUUCCCCCGAGUCACUGCCGGGGGCAUCCCCUUGCGGAUCUCACUUACGACGUAGUGGUACUUGAAAACACUCGUCUUGUUAGCUGGGUUCUAGUCUAUCUUAAGGUUUUUGAUACUCCCCAUAUUGUGAUAUUUUUAAGGACAAUCAGUACAGGGAAGUACUCAGGGGCCUCUUGAGAGUCCCCAACAACAUGAGUUUUCUUUUUCUUUUUUGGGAGAGGGGUUUUCAUAUCACCUCCUGUUUUCUCGGAUCACUGUUCUAAAUUCGCCAUUAGAUGUAGGACUGGUAACCCACAGGAAAGUUGCCUGUAAUCUCCGUGGUAUGAGAUUGCCUUAUUCAAGCAAAGAGUUUUGCAAAGGGACAGCCUCAUUUUCAAGUUGGCAUUUGCUUUUUGACAGUACAGAGGUAGGUGGUUGGAUAUAUUGGUGGCAUGGGAGUGUGGACUGGAAGGAAAGGGGAAACAGGUUGGUACCCUGUGUUAUCUUUAUUUGAAUAGUGAGAGAGGGCAGUAGCUGUUGGUUACACUGUGUUGAGUGCCUGGGCUCAGACACAGCCCACUAUUAAGGAGAGUCAUGGGCGAGACAGACAUAGCUCUGGGCCCUGAGCAGCUAGGCAGAUAUGCCCCGGGGGCUGAAGGGAUGCUUGCCGAGGGAAGGGAUAUUUGUAAUGGGGUUACAGUUGCAAGAGAUGACAGGCACUUUAGGUCAGUUACUGCAGGAACCAUGGACAGCAUCUGGAAUGACCUCAUUCAGCCUGGCUUGCCAUCCUCACGGGGACUACUUGUUCAGAAUGCUGAAGCCCAAGACACACAGGGCAUGCUCUCAGCGGAAGGAAGAGUGGCAGGGGAGUCCUGUCUGUCCCCUCGUCCUCUGCAGUGGUCUUGUGUUGGGUCAGCAAUGCCCUCACGUGUCAGCGUUGGCGCCUGAGUCAGUACGCGUGGAUCCUGCGCAGAGCGUCCCUAACUCCAUGGGCUUUUCCCUGACUUGAGGACUGCACUUAACUACUGCUGGGAAAUGAAUGAAAGAGAGUCUUGGUGUGUGCCCAGGUUGUUGCCAUCCAGUGUAUGCAUUUACCCCAUCGCCGGCUGCUGCUGGGCUCACUUGAUGGUGAUACGUAUGCAAGCCGCCUUCUGCCUGGGGACAGUCGUUGACGCCCAGUGGAAGCCACGAGCUUGCGGCCAGGCCUCCUCUCGUCCUUCCAGCCCCAGGGGCGCCGGGGACUCUGGAAAACUGCUGCCGUGGAAUGGGGAGGUGAAUGCUGUGCCCAGGCUUUUGACUCCAGUUCUUCAUGUUUUGCGUACAAUUAUGUGAGUUAUUUAUUUUAGGAGCUUUUCUUUUCAAGAGCCAAAUCUCCCUACAGGUAAAUGAGCUGCUAGGCCGCGUAGAAAUUAUUGUCCAAAUGUUGCCAAAUACUGACUUCGUAAAGAGGGUACCAAGCUGCUGUUCAUCAAUCCGACUGUCUUAAAAGCAUUCAUGCUUGCUCUCUCUGUGAUAGAUGGUGUCUUAGCUACUCCUGAGUUUUUCCAAUGGCCCCAAUUUUAAUAUAUGGUAUUUUUGUAUGCCAAACUGGUGUCUCGUCCUUUGUAUAUGUGGUAAUGUUAAUUUUAUGACUACUGUUAAAACACAUUUGCUAUGAUUAAAAUUCAAAAUGAUUUCAAA